AAUUUAAACUGGUCGCUGCUUUGAAGCUUUGCAUGAAAACUCAGCGGAACACGGUAAUGCAAACGGACUCGCAGAUGGCUGUUGAAUUUAACAUGUGUGAAUGGGGGCUGCUAGCCCUUUACGUCACUUUGAAUUGCCAGCGGGAUUCGUCAGUGAUGUGUUCGUGUUUUGUCCAAGUACCGGCGACACGUGUGGGAAAGGAGCUGCUGUAAAAGGCUCGAAACGAUGUUCAGUUAUGUUUAUCUGCUGAAGAAACUGUUUUGUUUGCUAUUUUGGGUGGAACUGUGUCUGUUGAAAAUAUCGACUGAACUGUUAUUGCAGAUGCGUAUUUUGUUCAACGUAGCAUAUAUGCGAAUCGUGGUGUUUUCCCUGAGUUGUAAUUUGACAAGUGGUCUUUGUUUUGCCAGGCAAGUUUUUACUUCUGAAAAUUCAGAAACCUCAAAGUAUCAAAGUUCUGAAACAAAAUUCACUAUUUGAUAUUAUAAAAAAAUAAAAUAAAUAAAAAAGCGUAUAACUGUUUAUUUCAGUUAAAAGACCUAGAAAUAUUUAUUUCGGUGAAAUGGAAAAAAUGUGUGAGAGAGCCGAAGAAGAAAUCGUGGACCAGCAGCCUCCCACCCAGAAUGGGUAUGCGCUCCACUCCGGCUCGGAUGUUAGACCACCUUUCAGCAUCCUGAUAGCCACCACGCUGUACUUUGCCGAGUUCGUGACCGCGGCGGUGCUGUGCUAUCACUACAGCUGGUCCGAUGACCCCUUCUGGUUGGGCCUGACCAUCACGUUCACGCUGGUUCCGUCUGUUCUGAUCCAGCUAGCACUGACGUUCAUCCACCGGGACCUGGGGCGGGACCGACCUCUAGUACUGCUGAUACACUUGCUUCAAAUGGGUCCCCUGAUCAGGUGCAUAGAGGCUCUGGUCGUGUACUUCCGCUCUGGGAAAAGGGAGGAGCCCUACAUCACCAUCUCCAGGAAGACCAGUCUGAAAAACGGGACGGAGCUGGAGAGCGAAGUCGGGCACUCUGCUCGCAAGCUAGCUGAACACCGCAAUGCCUUCAAACGCACCGCCGUCAUCCAGGCCUUCCUGGGCUCCACCCCCCAGCUCACCCUGCAGCUCUAUGCCACCAUCAAUCAGAAAUACCUCUUUACAACCAGAGUCAUUCUGAUGGGGGUCACGCUCGUCUCCAUCACCUACGGCGCCCUGGUCUGCAGCGUGCUGGCCAUCCAGAUCAAAUACGACAACUACAAAGUGCAGCUGCGGCCGCUGGCCUACCUGUGCCUCGUGCUGUGGCGCAGCCUGGAGAUCGCCACAAGGGUGACCGUGCUCGUGCUGUUCUGCACCGCGCUGCGCUACUGGAUCUUCCUCGUGGCUCUGGCCAACAUGCUCUUCCUCUUCUUCCUGCCCUGGGUGGAGUUCUGGAGGAAGAAGGCCCCCCUGCCGGAGAACGUGGAGAAGAACUUCAGCAAGGUGGGCACCACGGUGGUGCUCUCCAUGGUCACCUUCCUGUACGCCGGCAUCAACAUGUUCUGCUGGUCGUCCGUGCAGCUGAACCUGGCUGACCGGGACCUCAUCGAGAAGUCUCAGAGCUGGGGCCGCCAGGCCGUCUACUACACGGUGCGCUUCCUGGAGAACUCCAUCCUCAUCGUCUUCUGGUACUUCAACAAGACGGACUUCUUUGAGUAUUACUGCUCCCCGCUGCUGGUGGUGCAGCUUAUGAUCACCUACAGCCUGGCCAUCUUCUUCAUGCUGGCCUUCUACCAGUACUUGCACCCCUGUCGCCGGCUUUUCACCCACAACGUCAGCGACUGCCUGCGCUGCGUCUGCCUCAGGCACAGAGGUUCUCCCAGGCACAUCCAGGUGCCGCCCCUCCCUGACUUCGCGAGCAAAAUCCGGGAAACGGACCUGGCCGAUGACAUCCUGAUGGACGUAGCUUGAGCAGGUCAUGCUGAUUUGGGAACAGGAUUCAGGAGCAGAUGUGGAAACAAGGAGCCAUUCAGGUCUGAUUGCUUUGGGCUUCCUGUAGACCGAACGAAUCAAAGCUCCACAGGCCGGAGGAAUCCAGAUGUAGAAUUGCUGUUUGGACAGGCCCGAGUGUUGACAAGCCUGGCAAUUGAACAUAGUGUGGGUUUUCAUUUUAUUUGUUUGUUUGUUUUGUUUGAGGUUUUUUUUUUGUUUGU